AUGCUGCUUGAAAUGUAUGAACCUGUUCUUGCUGUGAAAUUUAUAAUUUCGCUUCUGUGCGUGAUCACUGAUUUGAAAGCAGGUAGGUGCUAUGUAAUGACUGUGAUUAAAAAGGGUUAUUGCCUUGUUUUUAGUUUAUCUAAUUUUGACUUGGUAUGAAUAGUAGAGGGCUUAAAAUCACAGAUGAUUUUCAAAUUUGAGCAGCUGUUUUCAGGCAAUUUGUAGUUAAGAAAAAAAUUUGGUUAGAUAACCUCUCAUUGAGCUUCAUUUCCAUAUUUUGUACAUGCAUAGGGUGUAAAGAAAGUCGGUUUAAAGCUUCCCAUUUAGGCAGGCUAUAAAUAGCAUGUACUAGCCCACAAGUCAUUUUAAAUGUUGCUUGCCUAAAGAAAGUUUUGAUGACCAGGAUUGAGAACAGUUCCUCUGUAAUUUGAAUUCCCCAAAAAUUUCAUUAGUAAGAACAGAACUCACUCACCUGAUAGCAAAAUCCACUAGCCCCUGCUUAUCGGACAUGUCUUUCUUUGCAUGCUGAUAUAUAACUAGCCUGUGAGAGCAUGCGGUUUUUUCAGCUCAAGUUUCUAGUUUCAGCUGCUGAAUGAAACCAGAAUCUUGAGCCGAAAAAACCAGAUGCUCUUGCAGGCUAUUAUAUUACAACAGCAAAUUCAACUUGUUGUGUUCUUGCCUCACUUUAGAUUCUUCAUGAUCAUAUGAAUCAUUAUUUUAUACUCUCUGAGGUGUCUUUAGUAUCCAAUCAGUGACCUUAAGCAUUCAACUUUUUUGGAGGGGUUACCUGCAUGGAAAUAAGAUUGCUUGAUGGACAAUCAGAGAUCCAAUUUUUCAUUUUUUUAUUGUGGAUGUGCUUGCAUUAAUUUUAUUUCUAAUUGUUUUUAGAAGAGACCUCUGCACCUGUGCUUGUCAGAGCCUGUGUCCAGAUGUCAUGCAUGACACUCAUGCAGACGUUCAUGGUUAUUUAAUUUUACAGCAUACUGUUUCAGUUAUUAAUUUUAUGACAAUGUUCUUGGCAAAAAACACAGAAAAACAUCCAUCAAACCUUGGUUUAAAGUGAUUGUUUUUAUCACUAAUUUUCUUUCAGGACUCAGCAUACCCUUAUCUUCAAAGAGUGGAAACAAUGUCCAAAUUCCACCCAUUAUAGUGAACCAUAAUGAAUCAAGACUACUCAAUGUUACAAGCAACAACCUAAACUCAAGUAGAACAAACUUGACAUCUAUCAUCACUGCUGUGCCCACAGUCUUAACAACAAAGCCAUCUAGGACACAUAUCGUGGAUGUCAUGUUUGGAGAGAACAAUAAUCAUGAUGUUACUUCAUCAAACAAUGUGUCGAACUCAUCUGUGAGCGAUAUAACGUCAACUGCACCAAGCUUAUUGACUUUGUCCACACAUGUUCAAAACCAUACUACUGUUUCACCAUCACAAAAUGCUGUGAAGCAUCAUUUUAACACAAAAAUAGUUGAAUAUGUGAUCAUACCAAUAGGAUGUUUGUUGGUUGUUUUAAUUUCAUAUUGUCUGGUGAGUAGAAUUUAACCAGUCAUUUACUUUUAUAAAAUCAGGUAAUUUUUUUUUUAUGUUUAACAAUUUUGAAGUAUCACUCGUGGUAUUUAUGCCAAAUAUCACUACAAAUCAUGCUAUUACCUGUACAAAUAGAAUUUUAGGUUUCAGUUUUGGAGGUUGGCUUUGAAAACUCUUAGUUACUCCAAAUUCCGUUCCAUUACUGAAUACCACCUAUUGAUAAGGGUUAGCUGUAAUAUAGUGGGUCCCAUGACUAUUUAAGCGCUUACAAAAGAUGCCGAUGCAUUUCGCUAUGGCUAUUUCCGCCAUUUGCUGCAUCUCCCAUAAAACCCUAGCUGUUAUUCAUAUAAUUGAUUUUUCAUUGUAUUUUGACUUAUAGAUUCGUCAAGUGCAGAAAGUGCGAAGGAAACGGCGGCUUGAAAGAGAACUAUUUCAUCAGUACUCCUACCCAAACAGUGAAGCUGAUGACUUAGAAGAGAGGAAUAUUGGCGAUGUAGAGAGCGUCAUUAAUGCCCAGUUUGUUUGUAUUAACAGUGAUCGUUCAGAUAAGAAUCUAUAUGAAGAUUCACAUGAGGUAAGGUCUUCUUAACACUAGUUUAAACAGUUUACAAUAAUACAGUGAAACCCUGCCUUAUCGCCACCUCAGUAAUACUGUCACCUCGUUAUUACAGCCACUUUUUUUUGGCAGCCUGGCCAAAACCGCCAUACAUUUUCUUGUAAAAAAACCCUCGUUAAUAUGGCCAAAUUUUUUUGGCCCAUUAGUGACCGUAUUAACAGGGUUCCACUGCAGCUGAUUGGCUGGAUAAGUUUUUGCCGGGUCCACCUAAUAGUUUCUCAUUUUCCUGAGGGGUUGUAGAGGAAGUGAACUGCAUAAUACAUGAAUAUUGCCACCCAAAACAAUGGUAGAAUGAGAGGAAGAGAGAAAUGAGGAACUCUACAUUUUGCAGACUGUAUCCUCUUCAAUUCAGUACAAGAGCUAGCCUUUCUUCCCUAACCAACCCUAAAUAAUAUUAUAUUGUAGCACUGUUCAGGCUACCCGCAGGAGAAACCUCUCCAUCAGUUCUGAUAAAGUCUGUUUGCCAACAUUUUCUACCCCUCUGGCCCAUGUCAACAUCUUCCUUCUAGUAAAUAUAACACUGACCAAGGGCCUAGUUCCCCAUUUAUAGUUCUGGUCACAGUCUGACUCUAUUCAUCUGCCAGGUGUAUUGUACAUGUUUGGUCCAGAAUGUCUUGUUUUUUGAAGUGUACCCCAUUUGACAACAGUAUCUCAACAAUUUUGUUGCCGAUUGUACGUGUAGCUAAGAAAUGCAUACUUAAAUUUUGUGUUCCUUAGGUAAACCUGGCAUUUGAUGAGACAUCCAAGCUAGUGGUUCAAGAACCAGUAUCACCUGAAUUGGAGGCUUCAACAAGUUUUCAAAGUUGA